GUGGUACGGAAGCCAGCCCACUGCUUCUUGGACGAGGUUGGUGUGGAGUACGACGAGCAAGAGGACUACGUUGUAAUUAAGCACGCGGCUCUGUUCACCUCAACGAUCAUGAGCAAGCUGCUGGCACGGCCCAAUGUCAAGCUGUUCAACGCCGUGGCGGCAGAGGAUUUGAUCGUCAAGGGCGGCAGAGUUGGCGGUGUCGUCACCAACUGGGCUUUAGUGUCAAUGAACCAUGACACACAGUCCUGCAUGGAUCCUAAUGUCAUGGAGGCAAAGGUGGUGGUCAGCUCUUGUGGCCACGACGGGCCCUUCGGAGCCACCGGAGUGAAGCGACUUAAGAGCAUUGGCAUGAUCGAUUCCGUCCCGGGAAUGAAGGCACUGGACAUGAACACGGCGGAGGAUGCCAUUGUUAGGCUCACCCGAGAGGUAGUGCCUGGCAUGAUCGUAACGGGUAUGGAGGUGGCGGAGAUCGACGGAGCUCCAAGAAUGGUAAAGAACUAAAU